AUGGCAAAAGGCUCCUUCACGUUUGCUGUUUUCCUUCUGGGAUACCUCCUUAAUGCCGAAUGUGCAGUUUUCAUUGAUCGGGAAGAGGCAAGUUCCGUUUUACUCCGAUAUAAACGAUUCAAUUCUGGACGCUUGGAAGAGGUGAUUGGCGGAAACCUCGAACGAGAGUGCAUGGAAGAAAAAUGCAGCUUUGAAGAAGCAAGAGAAGUCUUUGAAAACCAAGAGAAAACGAUGGAAUUUUGGAAUUCAUAUAUUGAUGGAGAUCAAUGUGAGUCCAGCCCUUGCUCAAAUGGAGGAAAAUGUGAGGAUCAAGUUGGUAACUACAUCUGUUGGUGUCCACCUGGUUAUGAAGGGAGGAACUGUGAAUUAGAUGCUACUUGCGCAACAAAGAAUGGAGGAUGCAAGCAGUACUGCAGGAAUGGCCCAACAGGAGGAGUGAUCUGUUCUUGCAUCCCUGGAUACAAGCUUGGGGCAGACCAGAAGACCUGUGAACCAGCAGUGCCCUUUCCAUGCGGAAGGAUUACCGCUCCGGAGAUGGUCAACAAACUCACCCGUUCCGUGAACACCUUUGACAACUGGUCCUCCUCCACCAAUGAUACGGAUGAUGUCACAGAAGAGCUGGACAACAGCACUAACAUCAUCCCCCUGUCAGCAACCCCAAAUCGAGUGGUCGGGGGCACAAACAGCAAGAAAGGCGAAGUGCCUUGGCAGGUUUAUGUGCUUAACAGUGAGGGGAAGGGAUUCUGCGGGGGCUCGAUCAUCAAUGAAAACUGGAUUGUGACGGCAGCGCACUGCAUCGAGGCUGGGCCACGCACAAUUGUUGCAGGUGAACUCCGCGUAGAGGAAAAUGACCACACUGAACAGAAGCGCAGAGUGGUAAGGAUAAUCCCUUAUCCCUUGUACAAUAAUAGCCUGAGGUACCACAACGACAUUGCCCUCCUCGAACUGGAUUCGCCCCUGGAGCUGAAUAGCUACGUCACCCCCGUUUGCAUAGCAGACAAGGAUUUCACAAACAACCUUCUCAAGUUUGGAACGAGCACCGUGAGUGGCUGGGGAAGGCUGGCGCACCAAGGGAGGGAGGCGAGCAUCCUCCAGGUUCUGAAGGUUCAGCUGAUUGACCGGGCAACCUGUCUGAGGAGCACCAGAUUCCCCAUCCUGCCCAGCAUGUUCUGCGCAGGGCAUCCUUAUGAGGCGAAGGAUACGUGCCAAGGAGACAGCGGAGGUCCCCAUGCCACAGAAAUGGAAGGCACCUGGUUUCUGACUGGGAUAACCAGCUGGGGGGAGCAGUGUGCUGUGAAAGACAAAUAUGGCAUCUACACCAGAGUUGCAAGAUACGUCAAGUGGAUCAGGGCCACAACAGGGAGUAUCUAA